AUGAACAUCAGUAUGCGUUCCAGUCAGUCCUCCUAUGGAGACCCGCGAUACAUGCCGAGCAUGACCGCCUCCGAUGCUCCAGCUCCGGUGCCGCCGCUUGGAAAGACUCUCGUGGAUGGAUAUCGGGACUCUCUAGACCCCCAGCACGAUGAUCGGUCGCGAUACAACCCAGUGAGUAGCGGCGCAACACAUCAAGUCCGAUCCCGGCUAAUGACGUUUGGUUUCUGGCAGCUCAACUCGACUCAUCCGCGAAGCUCGGCGCUCCUGAAUGCCAACGACCCUGUGGCUAUGUACCUGUUGACCGAGACCGCCAUAGGAGAUAGCACGAACUACGAAGUCUUGUCCCUUGAGGAAGUGGAAGACCUAAAGAAGGAAAUCUCGUUGCUAUCCACUCGCAUCGAAGGCACAAAGCGGAAAUUGGCGUUGGAAACGAAGUUGCGCGAUGCAGCACAAUCUCUCGGCAGGCUCUACAGCCCGCCCAGCCCGCGAAACAGCGGCGAAUUCGCUGCCAAUGGCGGUUCAAACCCGAACCGCCGGAGUCGGGGGAUUUUUGGUCGCAUCGGGACUUCGGAGGCCCUCGACAAGAGCGAUUCCGAGCUUGCUGUCAGUCAGCGACGGUGUGAGGAGUUGGCGCAGGAGCUUUGGAGAUUGGAGAAGAGAUCUCAGAAAAUUAACCAGCGUUUGCUGGAGCAUACCGCAGGUGUACUGCAGAUGACACACAGGGGUCUGAAGAAAGGCCCCAAGAAUCCUGCUCCACGUGCCGAGGACGGCAUUGACGACGAUCACAAAUUCGACGAUCGCAGCCUCUACCGGACCACCGAACAUUUAGAAAAUUUUGGCGUGCACGGGAGGAUCGAGAAUAACGCGGCUGUUGCAAUGAAUUCCGAGGCGAUGCAAGCCACAGAGAGACGAUUGGAGGAAUUGAGUGCACGCAUGCAUGACAUGUUGGUACGAUCAAAUCCCGGUGGUUUCAUCGAUCCCCCUCCGCAACUAUAUGGAGGCGGAGGACCAGUCAAUCCCACUGCAACAGUCGAGGCACAUUUAGCCUACCUCACGAAUGGCCUGGAUCACAUUGCUCUGCCCACCGCAGACGCCCCCGCUGCCGUGCGCGCUCUUGAAGUUAACCCUGAGAUUAGCCCUGAGGCCGAGGGCGCCUGGAAACAUCAACUCACCGAAAUCAAUAAUCGAGUGCAGGCCAUCGUUGAUCGGUUCGGCUUAACCCGUUCGCCAGGUUUGCCCCCGCCCCCUGAUGCAUCCCAUGGCGAGGGGUUGGAGGAACAACUCUCUUACCUUCAAGCCGGUGUAGAUGGCCUGGACGCCCGAGUGGAUGGAGUACUCGAACAAAAGAGUAUUCUGACCACGCAGAUCCAGCAGCAACGCGAGCUUAACUCCAAGUCGGAUGCUGAACGUGAUGCUCAUAUUGGUGAUCUCACGGAACAGUUGACCCACGUUCGCAGAGAUCUCGAAGUAUCUGAGCGUGAAAGCAACGCCAACCGCGACGAGCUGACUCUUGUUAAUGAACAGCUCAAUGCAAUGCGUAAAAAUGGCUCUUCUCAGGAAGGAACCAAGGCUGCUCUGGUUCAGACCGAGGGCGAGGUCGCGCGCUUGCAGAGUGUAAUCACCUCGUUGCACAGUGAAGCGGAUGCUAGAAUCAAUGAAGUCAGCGAAGCCCGGGAUGCCCAGGAUGAAGCGGAGGCUGAGGUCAAGCGCCUGCAACACUACAUUGAUACCAUUGAGAGAGAUAACGAAACCAGAGUCGUGGAAGUUAGUGAUGCUCGUGAUCGGGCAGAAGGCGAGGUCAAACGCCUACAGAUCGCGAUUGAAUCGUUACAAAAUAACGCUGAUGCCAAGGGCGAGGAAGCCAGGGAGGCCCACGAACGCGCGGAAGAAGAGGUCAAGCGUCUACAGCACUACAUCGAUACCGUCGAGCGAGAUAAUGACGCCAGAGCUGCGGAAGCUAGUGCUGUCCGUGACCGCGCAGAAGACGAGGUUAAGCGUCUGCAUGUCAUUAUUGAAACCAUGCAAGAUGAGUCUGAGGCCAAGGCCGAAGAGACCAGGGAAGCCCGCGACCGAGCAGAAGACGAAGUUAAGCGUCUCCAGGUCAUCCUUGCAUCCACACAGAACGACUCCCAGGCUAAGGCAGAAGAGGCCAAGGAAGCCCGCGAUCGCGCAGAAGACGAAGUUAAGCGUCUGCAAGCAAUUAUUGAAUCAACGCAAAACGACUCUGAGGCUAAGGCUGAAGAGGCCAGGGAGGCCCGCGACCGAGCAGAAGACGAACUUAAGCAUCUGCAGGUCAUCCUUGCAUCCACGCAGAAUGACUCCCAGGCUAAGGCCGAAGAGGCCAAGGAAGCCCGCGACCGAGCAGAAGACGAGGUUAAGCGUCUCCAGGUCAUCCUUGCAUCCACGCAGAACGACUCCCAGGCUAAGGCCGAAGAGGCCAAGGAAGCCCGCGACCGCGCAGAAGGCGAAGUUAAGCGUCUGCAAGCCAUUAUUGAAUCAACGCAGAACGACUCUGAGGCUAAGGCUGAAGAGGCCAGGGAGGCUCGCGACCGAGCAGAAGACGAAGUCAAGCGUCUGCAUAUCGCCUUUGAAGCUUUGCAAAACGACAACGACACCAGAAGCCAAGACAUCAAGGGAGCCAAGGAGCGUGCAGAGCACGAGGUUCAACGCUUGCAGGACAUAAUUGUGACGCUGCAAAAUGACAGCGAUUCCAGGUCCGAGGAAGUCAGGGGUGCUCGGGACCGCGCAGAGCAAGAAGUGGCCCAACUGGAAGCCGCAAUCCAGCAGAUUCGCAUCCAAUCCGAUGCCCGUAUUCAAGAAGCAGAUCAGGAACGCGCACAGUCAGAUCAAAAUGCCACUCGCCUUCAGAACGAGAUGACCGAGCUUGAAGGCGAGAUUGUGCGGGUCACAACGGAACUGACAAUGGUCAAGGCAGAACUGGACGGUGCCUAUGGUACCCGAGCUGAACGCGCAGCAGAAGUAGCUACCAAUCCUAGUGUCCAAAGGGAGAAUGAUGCUUUGGUUACUCGGAACAUCGAACUUACUGAGGAGCUUGCGGUACUAAAAAGCCAGCGGGGAGGUGGCGAUCUUCAGCAGCGGGCGGAUACUCUUGAGAGAGAACUCCGGGAGACCAUCGAUGACUACGAGGCCAUGACGAAAGCCAGUAUCGAGUUUGAGAAGGAACGUGAACAGUUCGAAAGUUUCAUCGACAGUCUUCGGGAUCGUAUCGAGCAACUGGAGACACAACUGGCAGAAGAACGUAUCAGUUGGAUGAACUUGAGUAGUCCCACCUCCGUGGGCCGCGAUGGAACUUCUGAGACAACUUCUACCAUGGUGCUUAAGAAUGAGUUUAAGAAAAUGAUGCGUGACACACGCAAUGAGAACAUGAAGAUACUGAGAGCCGAACAAGAAGAACGUCGCAGGCUUGAAGGAUUGCUGCGAACCCUAAAAAAGGAGCACGCCCAGAUGACUGGCAAGGCAAUGGCCAGCCCAGCUGGCACUCCAUUAUGA